CAAAACUGUCAAUUCAAUCACUCACUUCAUCAAAAAUCAAUUUGGUAAAGUUCUGAAAUAUACGCUGAACAACAAAAGAAAGAGGUUAAAAGAAACGAUGGAACUGAUUUAAGUGUUAGCAGUACAACCAAUUGACGAAAACGGAAGAGCAGAAAUCAUCAAUAUUUGAAAACACUACAACAAACACACAGAUCACAGCGAAAAAAUAUCGAGUUCCUCCUGUCAAAAUUCAAUGACAGUUAAUUGGUGUACGUUUGGUGAGAAAGGUAGUGACUCAGCGAGAUUUGAACCAAAUUAAAGAAGGUGCCAUUAAAGAUGAAAGAGGGCCAACUUGUCUCGGCUCCAUCGAGCAGCCACGAAUCACCAUCCGCUUUCGUCACGUUAAAUAUGGAUUGUUCAGAAGAGCUCUUCGACUGGUUGUCUGUGGCUGACCUAUUGUCACUUCGUCGAACGUGUAAACGGCUGAAACAAACAGUCGAUUACUACAUCCAAACAAAUUAUCCAUCGUUAUUAAGCAAUCGCCUAAUAUACGGUACUUUUAAGAUAUUUCAAUCAAUCGACGCAAAUUUUCCGAGCAUAGUAAAAGUGAUAUCACUAUCUAAUAUUACUACCUAUGGCUUACAGUAUAAAAAAAUCAAUGAAUCUCUUCUUAAAGUUCCAAAUAUUUCCAUAAAUGGUCGAAGAGGUGAAUUCAACGUUCGUCCAUUGUUUGAUUCGUCGAAUAAUGCUCCCCAAAUUGAUUGGUGCAAUCAGAAAUACCCGGAACUUGAGUGCGUUAAAUUGGAGGAAAAUCCAAUUCACUCAUUAACACAGUUGGUGACAUUAUUUCAAUUGAAUCAAAAUAUCCAAACAUUCGAGGCGAAUGAUAAAUUUAUAAAAACUUUCGGAAGACAUUUAUUCGACGCUGACAUUAAAUUCAAUCGACUGGUGUUGCAUUUAACCAAUCGAGAGGAAAGAAUAUGCGUCAAACUCUUUCGAAAUCUAAAAGAGCUUCAUGACAGAGGAUUUUAUCGGCAAUUACAUUUAUUUUGUAACACUUUGGAACACGUUGAUGCAAACACACUCACAACUCUUGGCAUAACAAAACUUUCUUUAAAGCUAUUAAACACGAACUUACCGCCAUUACCGCAUCUGGAGGAAUUUUUUUCGUAUUGUUACGGCGAAAAUUAUUUAGAAAGUAUUAAGGAUGUUGUUAAACGUAUACAUUUUUCCUCGAAUUUUCCCUCAAAUUUUUUCACCAAUUUUGAACAAAUUUUGAUGAAUAUUCCGCCGAAUACAAUGUAUAAAAGCGAAUAUUUUGUUCGUAAUUUUCCGAAAUUGAAACAUUUGAAAAUUCCGAAUGGAUUCAAAUGCAUCGAUUUACCAGCGUUAAAUAGAGAACGGGCAACAUUAAGAGGAGCAUGCAAAAUCACGAUUUACGUUCAUGAAGAGACGUUUUUGAGCACUAAAUGGACAUUUGGAAAUACCAAUUACAAAUGGAUUGAACUGAAACGAUAUCAAGCAUCCGAUUGGCACAACAUUUUUUUUAUUGAUUUUUAAGUAUUUCAUUCCAUUUAUUUUCUUAUUUGAUAAAAAUUUCAUUUGAUUUGAAGGGUUUUCAACUUAAUAGCGAAGUAAAUAUUACCUUAAUACAUAUGUCAUUCAAUUAAAAAUAACGAAAUAAAAUAACAAGAAAAUGUCUUUAUUCUAAAUAUUUC